AUGUUUCCUAAUGCCUCGCUGCUCACCGACACUCUCAAACCUGAGGAUGACCAGGCAACUACUGUGGGCAUCAAUUCCAUAGUGCACAAUGUCACCAUCGUCCUCUUAAUGCUCACCAUUGUGCUCGGCAUCACAGGGAACUCCAUGGUGAUCUGGGUGGCUGGCUUCAAACUUAAGCUGACGAUCACCAAUGUGUGGCUGGUGAAUUUGGCGAUAGCAGACCUGAUCUUCUGCUUCACACGAAUCUUCGCCCUCACUCGGCUGUUCCUGUCAGACCACUGGCCUUUUGGCCUCUUCCUCUGCAAGUUCUAUGGCUUCUUCAAAUACACCAACAUGUUCUGCUCUGUGUUCCUGCUGGCUGUGAUCAGUCUGGAUCGAGUGCUCUGCAUCUGGCAGCCUGUCCUCACAAAGCGUCGACGCACCCUGUGGACAGCGAGGGUGAUAGCAGUCUGCGUCUGGAUUGCAGCGAUCCUCUUCAGCAUUCCCUACUUCAUCCAUCGACAAACUUACAUAGACGACAACAACCUGACUAAAUGUUCUAUGAACCCAAAAAAGAUGGAAGAGGCUCACAACAGCACCAAAGCUGCUCUCUAUUCCAUCCGUUUCUUGUGUGGCUUCAUAUUUCCCUUCAUGGUCAUUCUCAUCUGUUACAUCCUGGCUGGUGUGGGCAUCAGACGUACCCGUUUGGUGGCAAAGUCCCGGUCUCUGCGUAUACUAGCAUGUUUGGUCAUUGCUUUCUUCCUGUGCUGGGCACCUUAUCACUGCCUCCAACUUGUGAGAAUGAUCAAUGGUGAUAAUGCUGUGCUGAAAAUCUGGUUUACUGUAGCACAGAGCAUUGCCUUCUUUAACAGCUGUGUGAACCCACUGCUUUACUUUUGCAUGGGGCUAAAAAUGAAGCAUGGGCUUAAACAAGGUCUGAUGGGAGUUUAUACGAGGGCUCUGGCAGAUGAUACAGGUGGCCAAAUUACUCAGUGCACUGAUCAGUCUUUGGAUUAA